CGUGCUUUUUAGUUUAUAAAGUAACAAGACCGAAAUCAUAGCGAGAAGGAAAAGCACAGGGCAAGCAAACUGAGACCUCGAAUCGGGUGCUCCGCCGGUGAGAAUAAGAGAUGACGUCUGAGAAAAAGUCUAGCUUCUCUGUUACGUGCAGCCGCUUGAGCCAGUUCCUCAAGGCGAAGAGGAGCGUUGAGAUUCCCUCUUCGCCUCAGGAAUCAACCAAAGGAUCAUUUCGGCCACCAACCAUUAUGAGCCUGCUACCAGGGGCCGAUACGUUGGCCGAAACCAAAACUGACACCACCGAAAAUUUUACCGUCACGAACCAAAAAUCGGCAAAAUCAAUGCACUUGUUUCCGAUAAGCUUUGGCCCUGCUGACAACAAUAAUUUUACAAAGGAAUUAGGGAAACAUCAGCUGACGAUAUUUUACAAAGGAAAAGUGGUGGUUUUUGAUAAUUUUCCAUUGGAGAAGGCGAAGGACUUGAUGAAGAUGGCAAGUACCUCGGCGUUGGCUGAAAAGCUACCCGGGUACUGCCCGCAGCCGGUGCAACAAAGUCCUUCUGAUUUAUCUAUGCCAAUUGCAAGGAGGGCCUCCCUGCAUAGAUUCUUUGCUAAAAGAAAAGAUAGGAUAAAUUCAAAAGCACCCUAUCAAGUAAACGAAUGUUCUUCAAUAGUGGGAGAUUUGAACAAGAAUCAAGAGACCCGAUCAUGGCUUGGUUUGGAUACGGAACUCUCAAACCCGAAUCCUAAAUAAGAGAUUAUAAGCUAUUAUUACUGUAUUGCCUUGUCUAGAUCCUGAUUAUUGUAGAAUAACUAGUCAUAGAUAUUAGCUACAAGCUAUGCUAUUGUUUUAAUCUAUUUUUCAUAUUUUAAUUAUUUUUUCUUAAGGGAUCAAGACUGACAACUAGAUGUAAGGAAUAUAUAGCAUUAUUACUGCAUAAGACUGAUAUCUCUCAAGAAAUGAUAUGAGAAAUUAUUUUAUAGGUUAUAUAUUAUAUAUUGUGGAA